AUGGAUUUUCAUCUAAUUACAAAAGAACAAUUUUCUUGGAUUAUCAUUUAAAAGUCACUUUCCUUGGAAGUAAAGUUUAUGAAAAUUAUUAAAAAUGUCUUUUAUGAUGAUUUAAAAGGUAUUAGUUUAUUUUGGAUUAAGCUUUUUAAAUAUAUUAAUUUAAUUGUCUCAUCAAAAAUGGAAUAAUUGAAAAAUAAAAAUGAAACAUUUUAGAAAUUCCAUCUAAACUCAAUUGAGAAAUAUAAAUAAUAUUAUUCCUUAAUUGAAUCUAUGGUAAAGUAAAAAUGUUGUUUUGAAUAAAAAUGGAUAAAAAGUUUGAGCUCAUUUAUAAGAAAAAAAAAAAAUUAAUAUGAUUCAGAAAAGUUUGUAAUGAUAAAAUAACAAAUUAAUUCCUUUAAAUACAAGAAAUUAAAUAACAGUUUUAAUUUAUUGGAAAUCAAUUAGUCAUCUUUGAAAGAUCUAAAAGUUCGAUAAGGUAAUAUGUGAAUUUAUUUAAAGGAUAUGACUUAAUAAUGAAAAGUAUGCAAAGGCAGAGUUUUAAGCCUUGCGAUUAUUAACCAUUGAAAAAUGAUUAAACUUAUUUAGAUGAUACUCCAUAAAUGCAAUUGUAAUAAUAUUAAAUAAUUCAACUUCAAUAGUUAUUAAUGUAUUAAUUUGGGUAUUGAAAAAAGUUUCACAAAUGGCUUGGAAUUAUUAAAAUAAAUUGAUAAUAAAGCAGGAUGUGACUCUUAUUAUUUAGGUUACACUUAAAUUUAUAUUAAAGGCAUUGAGCUAUUGAAUAUGAGAAGAUACAGAGAAGCUAUUGAGCAAUUUGAAGAGGCAAUUUAAACUAAUCCUCAUAAUUCUUUUUUUUAUGAAAGAAAGGGUUACGAGUAUAUUUACAAUUAGGCCUUGCUUUAUUAGAGAUGCUUGAUUUAUAAGAAGCUCUAAAACAAUUUGACAUUGCAAUUUGUCUUAACCCUAAUUAAUCAAGUCAUUAUGCUAAUAAAGGUUUACUUUGUUUAAUGUUUUAAUAGCUACUGUUUUACUUAUGAACUAUAAUUUUGAAGAUGCAAAAAAUUUAUUUGAUAUUUCAAUUUAAAAAGACAAUUGCAAGUCUAUUUGUUUUAGCAAUAAAGGUGAAUAUAAAUAAUCAUUUAGGUGUUGCGUUAUUGUUCAGUAAUCAGAAGGAAGAAGCUUUAAAUCAAUUUGAUUUAUCAAUUAAUGUUGGCUAACAGGAAUAUGAUAAAUUAGAGAAAUUAGGUAAAAAUUAAUUUAAUUUAUUAGCACAAGCUUUAUAUUCAUUAAAUUAAUUUGAAUUGGCUCAGUAUGUGAUCUAAUUAGCAAAGGAAAAGUUUAAAUCUAAUCUCAAUACUGCAUAUAACUUAAAAGGUUAAAUUUAUUUUUAUUCAGGUCUGGCUUUAAUGAUGAUGGGUCAAUUCUAAAGAGCUUUAGAAAAUUUCAAUAUUUCUUUAUAGUUAUGUGAUUAUAAUUCAUUGAACCAUUUGCAUAGAGGUUAAUUAUUAAAUUAAUUUAAGCAAUAUUGUUAAUAUUUUAAGGAUGCCAUUAAGAAGCCAUCGAAUCAUUAGAUUCAGCUAUACAAAUAAACCCAGAAGUUUCAGAUUAUUAUAAUUUAAAAGGUUAUAUAUUUACUAUUUUUAAGCAAUGUCUUUAUUAUCACUGGGUAAUAAAGAAGAUGCAUUAAAAAAUAUUGAUAUGGCAAUACAAAUUAACCCUGAAAGAUUUGAUUAUUUUCUUAAUAAAAGUGAGUAAUUUUUUUUCAAUUAAUUAGCAUCUAUUCUAAUCUAUAUGUUAAAGUUAGAAUAAGCUUUAGAAUACAGUAAUUACCUAACUUAAAUAAAUCCUCAAAUCGCCCUUGGCUUUUAGAUUAAAGGUAAUUUGAUUAAUAAUAAUUAGCCUGCGUUUUAAUAAUGAUGAGCAGAUAUUAAGAAGCUUUAGAAGCUCUAAAAAUUAAUAUUCAAUUAAAUCCAGAGGAUUUCCUACCUUAUAAUGCUAUAGGUUUAUAUUCAAUUCCAUUUUUUAGCAAAUGUCUUACUCAUAUUAAAUCAUAACGAAGAAGCUUUAAUAUACAUAGAUUCAGCUAUUCAUAUAAAUCCAAAUUCACCGUUUCUUUAUAUAAAUAAAGGUAUUGAUUCUAAGUAUUAUAAAGGGUUAAUUUUACUUCAAAUUAAUCGUUUUGAAGAAGCUUUACAUUGUAUUAAUUAAUCUAUUUAAAUUAAUCCAUUAAUUAAUACACUUUUCAACGCAAAAGGUCAAAAAUUUUCAUAUUUGUAGCUUUGAUCUUAGUAGAUAUGGGCCGUUAUGAAGAAGCACUCUAAGAAAUUAAACAAUAUCCAGACAAUGUUCGAAAUUCCCAACUUUAAGGUAAGAUUUUCAAAAUGAAUUAGUUGUCUGUUUACUUAAAUUAAAAAAAUAUCAAGAAGCACUAAUUAUUUUAGAUAAAGCUAUUAAUAUAAAUCCAUCAGAUUCUGUUAACCUUUAUUUAAAAGGUUUUUGAUAAUAUAAAAUACAGGAUAUCUCUUAUUAUGUCGGCAAGAGUGGGAAGAAGCCUUAGCUUAAUUUGAUAUAGCAUUAAAAUAUAACCCUUAAAAUAAUUUUAUAUUUUAAAAUAAAGGUAGUAAAAAAAAUGUAUAUAUAUUUAGCCAUUGCUUUAUAAAUUUUGAAUCGUAAUUAAGAGGCAUUAGACCUUUAAAAUAUUCUAAUUUAGAAUAAUCAUGAGAAUUAUCUUCUAUAUUACUAAAGAGGUAAAAAAAUUUAAAAUAAAAGCUACAACUUUAUUUAAAAUGAAUUCUUACUAUGAAGCUAUAAAAGAUUUGGAUAAUGGUAUUGAGUUAAAUCCUCACUAUUAUAAAUUUUAUUGCUUAAAAGGUUGAAUAAUCAAUUUAAUUUAAAAGCAAAUAUUCUACUACAAUUAAAUCUCUUAUAAGAAGCAUUAGAAACAUGUGAUUAAGCAAUAUCGAAAAACCCUGAAAUCUAUGAAGGAUAUUAUAUAAAAGGCUCAAAUAUUUAUUAAUUUAUUAGCUUGUGGUUUAAAUCUAGUAAAUCGUUUUUAAGAAGCAUUAGAGUAUAGUGA